AUGGCUUCUAUCCGUUCGAUUUUACUUGUGAUUGCCCUGGCUCUCCAAGGAAGUGAGGCACUGCCUGAUUGUCAAGGCUACAUCCACAGUGGUACAAUCGCUUAUUUCAACAGCGCUCCCAUCACCUUUAGCUAUGAGCUUGCAACAGCCUUGGAUUGCCAAAGAUGGUGUGAGAAGGUAUCAACAUGCCAAGCAUGGCUCUAUGUUGACCAGUCAAAUCAAUGUGACCUGCAUCGUACGAAGGCGUUGAGCGUUUCGGAUAAUGCAGGAUUCAUCUUUGGCGGGUGCACGCCUAGAGCGGCCAAUGAAUCUCCAACAACUUCUACUCCUAGCUCUUCGUUGCACUCCGCUGUUAUCAGUACUGCAAGAACAUCAGAGAUUGCUUACUCGGCUCAUGCUAGACGCGAAAUCCUCCGUCAUAAGCAGAAGGGUCACCACCAAAAGCUUUAA